ACAACUGCAGCCCACAACUCCGAUUCAGGCGAGACAACAACCAAGGCAAAAAUUAAAACCCUCAUAUAGGCGGUUAACGGAGGCAUUUUAGUGGACAGAUGACCGCUCGGCUCGAAUGUUCCAAUCCUUUGGACUGGAAUUCCUUCUUUCUGUAGAUUACUCUCAUCAAGACGAUCUCUUUGAUGAGAUCUUAGGACCGGGGAUUCCCCUGUUCGUUCAAGUACCUACCAAGAGAGGGUAAGACCUCCGCAAAGUUCACACUGCGGCAUGAUAUCUAUAAACCAUGGUAUAAAUCGUUUGGUAAUCUCCCAUACGGCCCUGUUUGCGAUACCCUUCCUUCCCCCUGCAUCAAUUCACCUCGUCCUCGCGCUGUAGGCGUUCCUCCACUUAGUACAUUACAGAACUGUAGGAUAUGCCUGCUGAACGCACCCGAGGCUCUAAGCGCAAAGCUGAGGACGUAGAUCCUACCUGGACGACUUCGAUCGACGCGUCGAAGCCUCAGAACAUUGCAUUCGCCCCGAAUGUCACGCCUGGGACGUUCAACGAUCCUCCUUCACCGGUGGAUCCCCCUCCCGAAUCAAUGCUCUUUCCACCUACACCCGACUCUCCGACCGGUCGGCGACAAGCACACGGGAAGAAAAAACCGGAGAACCACAUUCCUCGUCCUCCGAAUGCCUUCAUCCUGUUCCGCUCGUCAUUCAUCAAUAACAAGCAUGUCUCCUCUGACGUCGAGACGAACCACAGCACGUUGUCGAAGAUCAUCGGACUUACCUGGCAUAAUCUCCCUCACGAGGAGCGUCAGAUCUGGCACACCAAAGCCAAGAUCGCUCUGGAGGAGCAUCGCCGGAAGUACCCCCAAUAUGCCUUCCGUCCUCUGCACGCCAAAGCCAAAGGUGGCGGAGAGAAGCGGAAGGUGAGAGAGGUGGGUCCGAAGGACAUGAAACGCUGUGCCCGAAUUGCAGAGCUUCUUGCGGAAGGCAAGAAGGGUGAGGAACUCAACGCCGCGAUCGCUGAAUUCGAUCGUAAUCACGUACCAGAGAUCGUCACCCGGUUCGAGGCACCCAUCACAGCGCGUACAUACCGACGGUCCUCUUCAGCGCCCAUCCCCGACACUGAGCAUUCGAAGCCAGCGUUCCUCCAAGAGCCGUCUUCCAAGCCUCGCGCAUCGAGUAUCGAGCCAGGGACCGCCACUCAGGAAGCGUACUCGGACUGCGAGAGUCCGAGUUCAUCUCAGGCUGAUGUGGAAGCAAGCGAGUAUCAGUAUGAGUUGCCUGCGUCCCCCGUUGAUGCUACACCAACAUACACGCUCCCUGAACCCAAUCCUUCUUUUGACUUUAACACAUUCUCUUUCAACACUUCCACAGCACCUACGACUUUUGAAACUUACGACCCUCUUUUCAGCAAUUCCCAGGAGAGCGUCUUCGACGGAUAUUCGCCACAAGAUACGAACGCGCCUUGCACGCCUCACGCCGAUGCAUUCGUGGCGUCCGGUUUGACCAUCGACACGUCUUUCCUGAACGCCUAUCCACCUUCUUCCCCGUUCUCCAGCAUGCCGAGCACGCCUCAGACAUAUCCACAAGCACAGAGUCCUGCAAUGUCAAUGAUGAAUUCGGAGAUCAUGUCGAUGCCUUACGAUGCCUCGUACGACUUCUUCCCCGAUUUGUCAAAUUACACCACGGACGUUGCGCCCAACUGCAUGCCAGCAACACCAAUGUCAUUUGCUACACACGAGUACAGCAUGGGUCCCAAGGCUGACUUUGCGUCGUUCUACGACAAGUCAAGCUUCGUACCAAUGGAGCACGGCUUCGCCUCGUCAUAUCUGACUGCAGUUCCCGCAUACGGAAUGUAACGGACCUUUUUUUGCUUACCAUCCUUUUCUUGGUUAUUGUUCUUGAAUUAACUGAACUUGUCGAUGUUGUACUUCGGCGGUGCCAGGGUUGUCUUUCUCUGCAUCUGUUGUAUCAUUAUCUCUGCGUCGACGCACCGUUAUCUGUAUCAAUAUCCUGCGACACCUGAGCGACUCGCCGUCGCAAUCAGCCUCUCCACUCUCACACUUUGGACUCCGUUUACUCACCGGUCGACGUUAUUUCCACUUCUUUAUUUGUAAUUUGUAUAUAGUUCCACAAACACGCCGACCUACUUCUGGGAGCGUCCAAUAGAUGUUUCUGAUACCAG